AUGAAUCCUCCAUUCGGUGUUACGGGCGCAAGCAGAUCUGGAAGCAUCUUUACGGCGACGCCAUUAGCGCCCCUAGCAACUGCUGAGAAUGGCCUUGGAAGUGUCUCAAACUCGUAUUCCUCCUCAAGUCAUGUUGUUCAUGAAAGAGUUCGUCAUAUGACGAGUGACGGCGGCUGGCAAACUAGCGAAACAACCACCCGCAGCUUUGAUGGGCCAGGAGGUGUUCAGAAACAGACAACGACUGUUAAUGGAGUCAUUGACAGCAUGGGCAGAGCAUGGGAAAUUGAGGAUGUUGUGCUGGAAAAGGGUACAACUGGUUUAGGAUUCUCGAUAACUGGAGGAACUGACCAACCGGCUGAAGACGGUGAUACCUCUAUUUAUGUCACUAACAUCAUAAUGGGUGGUGCUGCUGCAGCGGAUGGUCGCAUGAAGAAAUUCGACAAGAUUUUGAAAGUGAACAACACUGAAUGUGUCAAUGUGCCGCAUGAAGUCGCAGUUAAUGCGUUGAAGACCGCAGGAAAUGUUGUACGACUGACGCUAAAACGUCGUAAACCCGAAGAAGUGAACAUUCCCAUCGUGAACACCAACGCUUCCAUGGGCUCUACUAGUCAUUUAAACAGAAGUGACCUCACAUCGUCAUUGGGAGCACUCAAUGUGUCUCGGGGAUUCGAUGGUGCUGCACAUUCGCCCAGUAUACCUCCAAGUUAUCCACCACCUCCUCCACCAGCUCAUGCCGGCUCCCAGAGUCAUCUUUCUCAUGGCUCCCAGAGUCAUCUUUCUCACAAUUUGCCUCCUGCAGGGUUGAGCUCUCGUGCUAGGUUGGCGCACAGCAUCGAUCUUUAUAAGGGACAACGCGGACUAGGUUUCUCAAUCGCUGGUGGAUUGGGAAAUGAGCACGUUCCAGGAGACACCGAUAUUUACGUCACAAAAAUUAUUGACGGAGGAGCUGCGUACCAUGAUGGACGUCUUGGUGUUGGAGAUCGAAUUCUGGCUGUUGAUGACGUCGCAUUGGAGAAUGUUACACAUGAGUAUGCCGUCAAUGUUCUGAAACAAACAGGAACAAAAGUUACGUUGUUGGUACUCAAAGCAGAUCCCAAUGUGAACGUCGGUGCAGUUGAAGAGACAGCUAGUCGCCAAUACGUUGCAUCCACUCCGCAGUAUCCGCAGACAACACCUAUCAGAUCAAGUUCAAUGCAAGACUUCAAUCGAUCGUUUGAUUCGCAAAGUGCAAUAGCUUACGGUGGUCCGCAAGCGACUACUCCAAUUGGAGUAGGGAUGGCGCCUCAACAAGUCCCUAUCACCAUGGAUCCCAGACCUGUGCCACUCUAUAGAGGAAAUCAGGGACUCGGCUUUAAUAUUGUUGGAGGUGAAGAUAAUGAGCCAAUAUAUAUCAGUUACGUCUUACCAGGCGGUGUUGCUGAUCUCAGCGGUAACGUCAGGAAGGGCGAUGUGCUUCUCGAAGUGAACGGUCGCUCUUUGCGUAACGCGACGCAUUCUCAAGCUGCAGAGACUCUGAAAAACGCUCAAAAUCCUGUUACUCUCACGUUACAAUACAGGCCUCACGACUAUCAACAAUUUGAAGCGAAGAUUGAGCGAUUACGCAACGAUAUGAUUCAAGCCAAUUCUACGGGCGGCACGCUCCCUCGUAAAGACCUAUUCGUCAAGGCUUUGUUCGACUACGACCACACCCGUGAAGUCGGCGUUCCGCAUCGGUCCAUUUCAUUCCAAUAUGGUGACAUUCUGCAUGUGAUGAACACAUCAGAUGAUGAUUGGUGGACGGCGAAGAAGAUUAUGGAAAAUGGUGAAGAGACUCAGGAAGGAGUGAUUCCGUCAAAGAAACGCAUUGAAAAGAGGGAGAGAGCACGAAGAAAGCAGGUCAACUUCAAUGCUGGUUCCAUGUCACUCGGUCGCAGUUCAGGUCAAAUAGGAGGUAUGGAGGGAAGACGGGGGAGCAAGAGCCAGCUUUCGUUCUCAAGAAAGUUCCCGUUUGUGAAGAGUACAGAUCGCUUGAACGAGUUCACUGACCAAGAACUAGGUGUGAGCGAAGAUCCGAUAUUCUCAUACCAGCCCGUGGAACAGCAAUCUUUGAACUACGUUCGACCUGUUAUCAUUCUGGGAGCACUGAAGGAUAGGAUCAAUGACGAGCUGGUUACGAGAAAUCCGGAUCGAUUCAGCAGCUGCGUUCCCCACACUUCGAGACCUCCAAGAGAACACGAGGUUGACGGUAGAGACUACCAUUUCGUAAGCAAGGCUCAAAUGGAACACGAUGUGAAGAACAACCUGUUCAUUGAGGCUGGCCAGUUCCAAAAUAACCUCUAUGGAACUAGCAUUGACAGCGUGCGAAUGGUCGCCCAGCAGGGUCGUCACUGUAUUCUGGAUGUGAGCGGGAACGCUAUACGUCGUCUUCAAUCAGUUGCGAAUAUUUACCCAAUUGCAAUCUUUAUUAAGCCAUCCAGUCAUCAUCACAUCAUGCAGUUGGAUCACUCAAUGAAUGAGGAAGAAGCAAUGCAACAAUAUCAACGAUGUCAACGACUGGAGCAGACAUUCGGAGAUUUGUUCACACAAGUGAUUUCUCAUGGACAAUCGGCGGAGGAGAUUCUGGGCCGCGUACAGCACGUUAUCGCCACAGAGGCACGACCAUUCGUGUGGGUACCAAACAAUGUCAGGCAGUUGUAA